ACGAGACGAGCGGCGCCGCCAAUCGCGCGCGCCACGCGAGCGUACUCGACGCCACCACGAGCGAGCGCGAGCGAGCGAGGUUAUUUAAAAAUGGCGGACGCGUCGUCUUCCGACACUACCUCGGACUGCUGCAACGAGUGUUUCUCUGACAUUACGUCGGAAAAGUCGGAGUAUGUCGUGGUGGGGCGCAAGCCGUGCCCGUCGCACCGUCGCAGCAAGCGGAACCUCCUGCAGAAGCUGCUGAUAAGGGAGACGAGAGGAUGCCUGUCGGCGCACAAUUACGCCUCGGAGGAGAGGCUGUUCAUGGCUGUACCCAAGUGGCGGCACUUCCAUCUCCUGCACAUAAUCCCCAAGUCUGCGCUCGAGGCCGGGCACAUUGUUAUGGGAUUGACGCAAUGCGGCCAGUUCCUGCUCACGUAUACCUAUACGUUGGACGUCGGCAGUAACACGUCCUUGUACAAAUAUUUGUUGCACUGGUGGGCCUUCACGCCCAACCGCGUGGCCCGCAAGGUCGCCGAAGUCACGUUGUUCGGCAAUUACACAAUUUAUAGGGAAUUGAACAUAGUUAUAUCGCAGUGGCCGAUGGAGCGGAAUAAGCUUGUGAUUCACGGCCUCUGCACAGUGCAGUGCAGCGCAGGAAAUUUCUUACAUUUUCAACCGACUGAUAGAGCGUAUUUAACUGUAACGACAGUGCCGUCACUCGAGAACUGCAAGGAUUGCCUGAAGGUUGCUGCGUCGUACGAGGAAGAGGGUGAAGAGUUGGCCGCCAACUGGGACGGCUGCGUGCGGUGCAACUGUCUGCAACAUGGCCUUACGGUACACACGACUUACGAAGUAAUCUCACCAUACCCGAAGUUUCGUGCCACGGUGUGCCUGAAUUAUUGGAAUCACGUGGUGGUCAACACGGGGAACUUCCUACAUGUUCUCAGGGUAGAUUUAAAUGUACCUAAGUCGAAGAAUCAGAGGGCGUGCGAUAAACCGGACAGCGUCAUGCACGAUCCCGUGGUUCCGGACACGAUCCCGCUCGACAUGAGCGACGUCGAGGAGAUGGACUACUCCGCGAGGGCGGAGCGGUACGAGAGCUCGGACGAGAAAGUGAGCACGCCGGAGUGCGUCGAUCGAUCUCCGAAAUGCGAGUCCAGCUUGGAGCACGACUUUCUAGACGAGCCAAUUAAGUUAGACGAUAAGCUAGGGCGCGAUUUGCCAUUAAAUACCUCAAGCAGUAAUCAAAGCGACUAUGUCUGUGAUAUAAAUAGUAAGUCUACCGCUGCGGGCGCUUUAAACGUUAAGUCGUGCGAAUGCUCGGACGGGGCGGCCGAGUGCAAGUGCCGGAAUAACAGCCGGAACGGCAGCCCGGUGUCGCGGCCGGCCGGCGUCGAGCAGACGGCCAUCUCGGUGCGGGACAAGAUCCUGCAGGAUUUCUGCGAGGACACGUCGCAGGAGCUGAACAUCGGCAGCGAUCUGAUCACGCUGGUGAAACACCCGUCGUGCUCGCCGCGCUCGACGCCGCAGAGAUUGCCCUCUGAUCUCAAGACGAUGACGUGGUCGUCGCCGAUACUCACCCCGCCGUCGGACAUCCUGCGCACUCGCAAUUCGGAAUCUAGUCACAGAAUCCCGGUCCAGCGUAAUAGCGGUAGCAGCCAGCAACGCCCGAACUCGCCGCAGCCCGGUGCUUCGCAGCAGGACAACUCCGUGGCUUCCAUAAACUCGCCGUUGCAAUCCGUGUCGAUCAGCCCGUCGUCCUCGUGCUCGUCCCGCCUGAUGUCGCCGCCUAUCGCCCGAUCGUUUCGCUACCCGAGCCCGCGCAAGAGAUCGAAUCUGCACUCGCCUCCGCCCGUGCCGGCCCCGUCGACGAGGACGACGAGAGCGACGCACAAGCUCAUCCUUGAUGCGGAGAAGGCGUACGAGUUCACCGACGAGGCGCAGGAGACGACGUGCGAGAAGCUGAGUUCGUUCAGGAAGCGCCGACUCGCCGACAAGAAGUACGAGUUUUGCGACGAGACGGAGGACGCGGAGAACAUAGUUCCUUUCAAGCACAUACGCGAUCAGUUCAGGCAUCGCGGUACCUGCUCCAUACAUCAGAUUCCCUCCUCGCCGGCAAUGUCGCCGGUUCUGCCCAACGGCCGAAGGCACUGGGUCGACUCGGAUCAGAGCGAGUCGGACGAAUUGAAUCUUGCUCAAGAUAUUAGUGUAGCCAGCGACUUGUCCAACACCGAAUCAGCCGAGAAAAGUGUGCUGCGACCAUUGAAUCAGAAUCAGCUGUCCAACGGGAGCGUGCACAGAGACCGCGUCGGCAAGUGUUGCCCGAAUUUCUCGCCGUUGGUACCUAGAAAUAACUUGCAAUAUCCUUUGAUAAAGUGCACCGCGUGUUUUAAACGAAGCUACAUAGAGCUCGACGACGAGAUAAUAUCGGUCAUCACAGAUGUGGAAGACGAAGAGACAGGGGGCUAUGUAAGUUACCAGUGUGUACUUCCGAUGCUCGUGCAUGGCUCCGGAUAUGUUCAAAUGCAGAUGAUCAGCAAUAGUAAAGCGGAAAAACUGAUAGUGCCAUGUGUUUCUAUAACACAGUUGAGUUUCGAUAUUGAGACUUUUUCUCACCACAUAGCAGAUUGGAUCUGCUCGAGGUUCAAGAAAAAGUAUUGGCACUGCAGCGACUACGAUAUCGAAAUAAUCGACGUGUGCGCGCUUACCGGCGACAUUAUAUGUUUGCACAUAAUGAAAAUUCAAGCAAGUGAGUUAUGUAGCCAAACGCAAUGCUCGCAAGAGAGGAAGCAAUACGAGGUCGGGUGUAAGUUCACGUGGAACAUCGACACGAGCGAGUACAGGAUAACAGACGUGUUACCAAUGGAAGAGGUGAAGCCGGAAUGCUGGAAGCCGACCAUCGCAAACAUACCGAAUUUUCGUAGUCAGUUGUGGAAUCCGACCCGUCGUCUGGCUACGCAGCUGCGGGAGAAGAUACAGCAGCCGUACGCGCACACAGUACGCUUCCUUCACAACGAGAUGAGUCUAACAGGCGAGUCUCUGACAAAGCUCACCGAUCUGGACAAUCUAGUGCAGUUCUACAUAACGCCGCUGGAAUACUACGUAGAACGUACGAACGACGCCUUAAUGGAGUGAGGAAGAACGCAGGAGUCAUCGCACUUAAUUGCAAACAAUAAUUUAUUUAUUAAUACAAACUCCGCCAUUUUUGCCAACUCGCCGAGUCGCGGCGUAUAAUGUAUAGAAAUAUACUCCGCAUUGUUAAUAGUCGACACUGUUAGCAGCAAAGAGUAUCUUCCUUUUCGAGCAUAAAUAACGGAUACACGGAAUGUGUAAGCCAUAUAGGACUCUCGCUACGUCUUUUUGUUUCCACGUUUUACUAAGUGGAAUCGAUUCAGUGCGGUGCGACUUGUUCAUAACUUAGAAGCAUAGACUAAAGGUACUAAUUAACGAUACAACGAAGUUCUCGCAAAGCGUUUUUGCUCCAAUUUGUAAAAUUUACCAGUGCUGUAUACUAUACAUUGACGCUAUCUACGCUAUCAUGGUAACUACUGUACUUUGGUAACUAGUAGAUAUAGGUGACUAAACUGAUUGUCAAUAAAUGUAUUGUAAUGUGAUUCAAAGUAA